AUGAAAAUAUUUAAAAUUAUCCUGGUAGGAGAUUCUGGUGUUGGAAAAUCCAGUUUUAUUAAUCGAUUUUGCCAUCAUAACUUCGAUCAGUUCCAGCGGGUUACAAUUGGCAAUUAUCCUGGAUUGCAUAAUAAACCUGUUAUUAUUGAUGAUAAAGUCGUUAUGCUAGAAAUUUGGGAUACCGUUGGUCAAGAAAGGUUUGAUAGCUUACCUAGGUCCUACUUUCGUCGAGCCGAUGGAAUAAUUGCCCUGUUUGAUAUUACCAGCAAAGACUCAUUCGAAAACAUUCCGACUUGGCUUUCACAUAUUGAGGACUGGGUAGAAAAUCCACCUUUACUUAUAAUGGUUGGUAAUAAGUUAGAUAUAUCGGAUCAAAGAAAAGUUAGCAUAGAAGAUGGAUUCCAGAUGGCUUUCGAUCAUAAUGCAAUGUAUGCUGAAACAAGUGCAAGGACUGGAGAGCAUGUUUUUGAAACAUGUCAUCAACUAGCAAGGUGA